CAUAUUGAUGAUUGCGUGUACAUUGGCAGUAGCUGUGGCUAGGCCAGAGCCACCCAGUGGACGUUAUGGACCUCCAGCGGCACCACAACAAAAGUACGGACCACCACCAGCCCCUCAAAAGGACUACGGUCCACCACCAUCGGCACCGGCCCAACAAUAUGGCCCACCUAAACCACAACCGCUUCCUCUUUACGGACCACCAGCUCCAUUCUAUGGACCACCAGCAGCUGAAAAUAUAAUCACCAAGAACGUUUAUGUUCACGUACCACCAGAGGAACCCGAGGAGUAUCCAGCUAGUGCGCCAAUUCAAAUUUCACAACCCAAGAAGCACUACAAAAUCAUUUUCAUCAAAGCACCAAAUCCUCCCUCACCAGCCGCACAAGUUCUUCCUCCACCACCGCAGGACGAACACAAAACUUUGGUUUACGUUCUUGUCAAGAAACCCGAACCUCCAGCACCGCUCAUCCUGCCAACACCAGCACCAACCGAACCAAGCAAGCCAGAGGUUUACUUUAUCAAGUACAAGAAUGCCGCAAAACCAGCCCUCGAAUACGGUCCACCGCCAUCGAAGCCAGCAGAAGAAUAUGGUCCACCAGAAAAGUUCUAAAAUAUACACCAUCCCCAUCAUAGUUUUUCCCGCAUCUCACAUCUCAUACCUAAAAGGACAUACAAAACUACGCAUGCAAACAUCGAAAAAAUUAAAGUUAUACAAAAAUAUGAUCCUUAAAAUUAAGCGAAACCGAAAACAAAAAUUAAACAAAAUGCCAUUUGCUGUUAAAAACUAUAAUUUUUAAAUUUGUUGUUAAUGUUAAUUUUAUAUAUAUUUAAAAUUUGUUAUUUGUUAUUUCCUUUUUGUUUUGUUUAUUGUUAAAUGUUGAAUAGUUUUCCAGUUGAGUGUGGAUCCUGUAUUUUUCAGCGAGUCCUUGCGAUAGUGGUUAUUUUUUUUUUUGCAGUGUAAAUAAAAGAAACGAACGAAAUUUUAAAAAAGAAAA